AUGGCCAACCAGCCCACCUUCGAAGGAUGCCAAGCGGCCCUCUACGAAUGGGCAGAAAGCUACGAUACCAAGGACUGGGUCCGCCUUUCGAAAUGCAUCGCUCCGACCCUCCGCAUUGACUACCGUGCCUUCCUCAACAAACUCUGGGAAGCGAUGCCGGCGGACGCCUUCCUGGGCAUGGCCUCUGACCCAAAGGUCCUCGGCAACCCGCGCCUCAAGACGCAGCAUCUAGUUGGCGGAGCUUCGAAGUGGGAGAAGACGGGCGAGACAGAAAUCACGGGAUAUCACCAGAUGCGAGUAGCGCAUCAGAAGUAUGCAGACGACAACAUGACCGAGGUCGCUGUCAAGGGACACGCCCACGGGAUGGCGACUAUAUGGUAUCGCAGUGUGGAUGGCGUGUGGAAAUUUGCCGGGAUCGAGCCUGGCAUCCGUUGGUCUGAGUACGACCACGACAAGAUUUUUGAAGAGGGUGAGGAUAAAUUUGGUGACGAGGAGAAAUGA